UGGGGCACGGGGCCAGUACGUCUAGCCAGCUCGAAGUGCCACGACUUCACAGCGGACCACGGAUUCUCCAGCGGAGUGAGGGGGAGAGCACUGGGAAAAAAAGCUAGUAAGCUAGGUAGCUGGACAAAAAGGUAGUUCUGGAAAGAAGUCACUUCAUCUACAACUCAAAGCGUUUUGCCCUGUCUCCGUUCCCUUUGAAGCAAGCAGACGUAGCUACAUCUCCAGUGAGGUUAACUGAAAUUGAACGAUGGAUAUCUACGACCCCCAGACCCUUGGGAUAAUGGUGUUUGGUGGAUUCAUGGUGAUCUCUGCUGUCGGGAUUGCUCUUGUCUCCACCUUCUCCAUGAAGGAGACCUCUUAUGAGGAGGCCCUGGCUAAACAACGACGAGAGUUGGGUAAUAUACAGUCUGCUCGCUCUGAGAAAAAGAAGAAGGACAAAGUAUCAGAGAAGAAGAGCCGUGGAAAGAAGAAGGAAGAAAAGCCCAAUGGAAAGAUCCCAGAGCCUGAAAAAAUUCCAGAGGAAGCUGAAGCUGAUGACACAGUCACUGAGCCUGUUGCUGCCCCAGUUGUGGCUGCUGCUCCUGCCCCAGAGGCUGUUCCUGCUUUUGAGGUGAAACCAACUGCAGCACCAGCAGACACCCAGCUUAGGACUGCUGCUGAACCAAGCCCUGCUCUUGCUGAGCCCUCACCUGCUCCCUCACCUAAAGAGAAAAAGAAGAAAAAGGUGGCUAAGGUCGAGCCAGCCUCUACCCAAUCAGCUCCACCCGUGGCUGACCCUGCACCAAUCAAGUCCUCUGCAGUCCCUGCAUCAACCCAGGCCCCUGUAUCUGCAUCUGCCCCAGCCAAGACUACCACUGCCUCAGCCAAGCCGGGCCCUGCCCCGGCCUCAGCCAAGCCGGCCCCUGCCCCGGCCUCAGCCAAGCCGGCCCCUGCCCCGGCCUCAGCCAAGCCGGCCCCUGCCCCGGCCUCAGCCAAGCCGGCCCCUGCCCCGGCCUCAGCCAAGUCGGCCCCUGCCCCGGCCUCAGCCAAGUCGGCCCCUCCGUUAGCCAAACCUGCUAAGUCCACUGCAGCGCCAGCCAAGUCUUCACCAGUUCCUUCCAAGACUGCCCCAGUGCUGGAGGCCAUCACUAAGGACGUUCCAGUGAUGGCAGUGCCCCCAGUGGGAUCUCAGCAGGCUCCUGCUGUUGCAGGAAAAGCACAGGAGCCUAAGAAGAAGGCCUCCAAGAAAAAGACUGAGCCUGUUUUAGCUGUGGAUUCUGCAGAUGCUCCGCUCUACCUGCCCUACAAGGCUCUGGUGUCCACCAUCAGUAGCAUGGUGUUCAGUGAGGGAGAGGCUCAUAGGCUCAUCGAGAUCCUGUCUGAGAAAGCUGGAAUCAUUCAAGACACCUGGCACAUGGCCACUCAAAAAGGAGACCCAGUGGCCAUACUGAAGAAACAGCUGGAGGAGAGGGAGAAACAGCUGGCAGCAGAACAAGAGGACGCUUCUGCGGCGAAGAACCGUCUAAGAGAACUCACCAAGGAGCUGUCGGCUGAAAAGUCCAAGGUGGCCAGUGUGGAGACCCGGCUGAGUUCCCAGCUGAGUAAGAGGGAGCAAGAAAUGAUUGCUCUGCAAGCUCGCAUGCAGGCCAGUUACCAGGACCAUGUAGCCCAGAUCCAGGGGCUCAAUGCAAAGAUCCUCAGCCUGCAGGACCAGCUGGAAAAAGGCCCCAGUGCCCAGCUGGCCUGUCUGCAGCAGGAGAACUCCAUUCUCCGUGAUGCCCUCAACCAAGCCACUAGUCAGGCUGAGAGCAAACAAAAUGCGGAGUUGGCCAAAGUGCGUCAGGAAUGCGCAAAGUUAACCAAGGAGCUUGGAGAGAAGACUGAAAGUCUGCUUGCUGAUGAACACAUCAGGAAAGGGCUGGAGGCCAAGAUCUCCGCUACUGAGAAGCAGCUCUCCCUGCUGCAGGCCAGCCAUGGGGAGAGCGAGCAGGCUUUACAGAGGAGAUUGGAGGAGGUGUGCGAGGAGCUAAGAACAGCACAGAGUAGAAACAGCAGCCUUCAGGCCACUUUGGACAAUGCCCAGAAGGACAGCAGCGCACUCUCAGAGUUUCAGGUGCGUAUUGGGAGUUUGGAGGCGGAAAUCAGCGAGCGCUGUACUCAGGUGGAUGCCCUCACCGCCCAGCUGGAGGAGACACGGGCAGAGAAAAGCCAGCUUGUACAGCAAGUGGCCUCCAUUAACUUACUGCUUGAGGCCAAUCAGACCAAAAAGGAGGAGGAUAACAAUCAGGUGAACGCUGCAGAAGUGGAACAGCUAAAACUCAGCCUUCAGGAGAGAGACAACCAGUUGAACACACUUCACGAUGAACUGAAGAAACUGCAGAUGAAGCUCGAAGCUGCUGAGAACACUGUUGUUGAGCUAGAGCAAAGAAAUAAGAGUGAGGAUGCCAGUCAUAUCACGUCACUUCAGGAUGAACUUAAAAAACUCAAAGAAGAACUGGUGCAACUUAACAGCACACCGCAGACAGACAGCUCUGCGGAGCUCGGACUACUACAGAACAGCCUGACAGAGAAGGAUGCCCUUGUCACAUCACUACAAGAAGAGCUGAAAGAAGUGAGAGAAAAGACGGCCAAUGAUGCACAGAACAUUAUGGCAGAACUGACAGCUUUUCAAACUGGCACCAAAGAAACACUACAGACACUCUUCCCACAGAUACCCAUAGAGACCGAGCAGUCCAACUGGUUACAAGUAUUCACACAGAAAGCUCAUGAGGCUCUCAGCCAGCAAAGCCAGGAGUCUCAGUCAAGCACAGCAUCGUCUGAGUUGCUCGAGAAACUGAAGGAGGCCGAGGAGAGCCAUGGCUCACUGCAGGCUGAAUGUGAACAGUACAGAACAGUCCUGGCAGAAACGGAAGGAAUGCUGAAACAUCUGCAGAAGAGUGUGGAGGAAGAAGAGCUGGUAUGGAAGUCCAAGAUGGCUAACUCAGAGGAACAGCUUAGGGAGGCUUUGGAGAAGGCCAACAAGCUGGAGGCAGAAAACCAAAGUGUAGAACAGUUGAAGGAGCAGAUGAUGCUUCUGGAAGCCCAACUGGAGAAGCAGUCAGAUAACCAGGGGAUCUCAGAGGAGAUGGAGAAGCUGAAGCUGCAGCUGUCAGAGUGUCAGAGCCAGCUGGAUGUGGCCCAGAAGGAGGCCCAGGCAUACAAGGAGGAGCUUGCACAGGUCAGAGAGCAGCUGGGCGAGAUCACGAUGGGGGUUCAGCGAGAACAGAAUGGCCCAGCUGAGGCUCAACCCAGUCAGGUCCAGAACGAGUUGAGUCACACAACUGAGAAGCUGCACGAGGAGGUGGCUCAGAGACAGCAGCUCUUGGAAGAGUGCGAGCAGGCACAGAAGACUAUUUCAGAACUUCAGUCUCAGCUGGAUCUUCUGAAGGUUUCUGCAGAGUCACCACAAAAUGAAGAUGAUGUUGCUCAGCUCAAGGAGCGCCUGGAGAAGGAGAAGAAGUUGUCCAAAGACCUGGGGCAUGCAGCCACCAAGCUCCAGCAGCUUCUUAAAGCCACUCAGGAGCAGCUGACCAAAGAGAGAGACACAGUGAGAGCACUACAGGAGCACCUGGAAGGCAAGGGAGAAUACGAGGAGCUGAAGGAAGGAACAUCCGUCUGAUAGAGUUCACUGCAGACACUACAAAAAACUGCCAAAUAUGCCUUAUGAUUACCAUAGUUAUGCAUUCCAAAUCUAUUUCUUUCUUGUACUGUAGUUGAUUGAAUUUGUUGCAACUACAAUCUUUAUUGAAACCCACAUUCCAUAAACAAUUCUGGCUAUGUCAGAAGUUAUUUAUCCCCCUGCCUUAUAUUCCAAACAUCUCCCCAUAGUUCAGUGUUAAAAAGGGAAACCGAUUGUACGUCAGAUGUACAUCAACCUGUGCAAUUACUUUGUAUGUCUUUUCUAUGUGGUUGAAUGAUGGGAACAUUUUAUGGUUCAGUACCUUUUGGGGCCUGCUUCCCUCUGUAGAUGGCUGCCAAUAACACAUCGAAUUUGUAUGAAUGAAUAAACUACGGUGUAGCUCUAUGUAAUUAC